GAGGGCAGUGGCGCGCUUGCGUUUCGGGGUCCCGCCCCCGGGUGGCGAGCUCCGUCGGCGGCAGAUCAUCCGCGCGCUGCCACACAGGAGCGGUCCCGCAGUCGAGCUCCCAAAAACCGCCAGCGAGUGCACCAGCUCUACGGAGACGUCAUCACCGUGGAUACACCAGGGCGACAGAACGGGCCGCCGGGUGCUGCCCCAGCGCUCGGCUUAAAUAUUCGAGGAUUUUUUACCACUAGGAUCGGACAAGCCCUUCCUGACACAGGUUGAUCCGAUGGCACUGCGCUUCCCCACCCCCGCCAGUAUUCGGCCGUUUUAACCAUCACCGUCGAGAAAACUGUUGUGAUUGUUGGCGGUGAGAUUAGUCAAAGGAUUGGCGGUAAGACUGACUUGUCAAUAAAGCAAUCAAGAUGUCGAGAAGAAUCCCGAUAAUCAACAUGGAAUACGCAGAACUGAAGGAAGUAGUGUGGGCCAAGCUGCAUGAACCGCGAACACAACGUAAGCUCGUGCUGGUAAUAGUGUCGAUAGCGUUACUUCUAGAUAACAUGUUGUAUAUGGUAAUAGUGCCGAUAAUUCCGGAUUAUUUGCGUUACAUCGGUGCGUACGUAGACGAACCGUUGCCGGGAAACGUGACGGUGCCACCAGGCAUGCCGAUGAAGCACGACCAUCACGGCCAGGACUCGGCUACCGGCAUCCUAUUCGCUUCGAAAGCGAUCGUUCAACUGAUGGUCAACCCGUUUUCCGGGGCCCUCAUAGACCGUAUCGGAUACGAUAUCCCGAUGAUGAUCGGUCUGACGAUAAUGUUCCUCUCGACGGCGGUGUUCGCCUGCGGCCGCAGCUAUGGUCUCCUCUUCUUCGCCCGAAGCCUACAGGGAGUGGGAUCGGCGUUCGCGGACACGGCCGGCCUCGCCAUGAUCGCCGACCGUUUUACCGAAGAGAACGAACGAUCAAAAGCGCUCGGGAUCGCCUUGGCCUUCAUCAGCUUCGGAUGCCUGGUGGCGCCCCCUUUCGGCGGGGCGCUUUAUCAGUUCGCUGGCAAGGAGAUGCCCUUCCUUAUACUCGCAUUCGUGUCCCUCAUGGACGGUUUCAUGCUGCUUCUAGUCAUGAAGCCUAUAAAGGAACAGAUCAAGGAGUCGCAGAUGGUGAAGCCACCUUCUGUGCCGAUUUGGCGGCUAUUUAUGGACCCCUACAUCGCGGUAUGUUCCGGUGCACUGAUGAUGUCCAACGUCGCUCUGGCCUUUUUGGAGCCGACCAUCUCGCUUUGGAUGGAGGACAACUUGACCACGGAAAACUGGAAGAUUGGCAUGAUAUGGCUACCGGCAUUUUUUCCGCACGUCUUUGGUGUCAUACUUACGGUCAAAAUGGCCAAAAAGUAUCCACAAUACCAGUGGGUCAUGGCAGCCGGUGGCUUAGCUUUAGAAGGACUUUGUUGCUUCAUAAUUCCAUUUGCCACUUCUUACAAAGGCCUGAUGAUUCCAAUAUGCGGCAUCUGCUUUGGAAUAGCCCUUAUAGAUACGGCCUUGCUACCCACUCUUGGCUAUUUGGUCGACGUGCGUUAUGUUUCUGUCUAUGGAAGCAUUUACGCCAUAGCCGAUAUAUCUUAUUCAGUAGCGUAUGCGGUAGGGCCUAUCAUAGCAGGCGGAGUAGUAGAGGCAAUAGGAUUUACAGCUCUAAACGUAGGCAUAGCUAUUUCUAAUCUCAUGUAUGCACCGGUACUUUAUUACCUUAGAAACAUCUACGAUUUCAAACCAUUCGAAAAUGAGGCUAAUAUUCUAAUGUCCGACCCACCUAAUAAGGAAUAUCAAACGUAUUCCAUGCAGGAACAAAAACCCAUCUCAGGAGAUGUCCAAAACCAUCUUGAAUACAAACAACAAGAAACAAGUUUGGACAACAAUUACCAACAUUCCUAUCCAGAACAGGGCUAUCAGCAGCAGGAUUACCAGCAAAAUUACACUCAACAAAAUUAUCAACAAGAAACUUCAUAUCAGCAACAGCAGCCUCUGGAACAACCUGCUAGACCACCAGCCAGAGUAUUGCCUCAGCAACCAGAACCGCCACAGCAGGCAAAUCCCUUUAGGCCUGCGGAAACUCAGGCGACCGGCAGAAACCCGUUUCGGCAAGGUUUUUAAACGAUGUGUGAAUAUUGUAUAUUUUUUGUAGGUAACCAAUCGAUAGUUACGACUUAAUAAAAGGUUAAAGUUAAAGUUUAUAAAAUAAUUUUUACCGGUGUAGGUUUUAUACAAAUUAGCAAGUUGCAAUUGUUAAUAGCGUCAAUUCUUUAGCAGCAAAAAUUUAAGAUUUUCCAUCCCAAUCAUUGGUUAAACAAAUUUAACUUUAAUUUUUUAGGUUUUGCUAUAUA